AUGCAAGUACAUGUUCAAACCGAGCAGCAGUUGCACUUAGGCGAACCGCUUCUGGAGGGACGAAGCGAUUUGGAGACUGAAGAUGAUGAACUCGGAAGUGUUGAGACUCCUGCAUUCCAGACAUCCGUUCAACCAGGUGGACCCGGUGGUCUGACGCCGGGUCUGGAACCCGAUUCGUGGUUAGAGGCAGUUCAAAGCAUCACCCGUUCUCCUGAGGCGCAGGGAGUAGCUGGGGCUUCACCAGUUACUGACGGUGCUUCAAACGCUGGACAAGCGUCAGCGUCAUCUGCACCGAGGCAAGGGGAUCGAGGAGGCCUCAAAGAUCUCCUCAACGUUGGCGGCAUUCAAAAGCAUCCAUACGUUCGGCUGCCAGUCCUGCAGAAAGGUGUCGUUCCUAGGCCCAUCUGUGUGCCUCUCCUCUUUGAUGAAAUCCAGAGGAGGUUCUCACACCAUGCCUACCUGUCGACGAUGCGGAAGAUAUUUGCGCUGGAGACACUCAACCAGGAGCAUGUAGAUGUUCUCAUAGAUGCCGUCGAGCGACUGGUGACUACAUCGUGGUUCCAAAGCCGAAGUAAGCAGAUGCGUUUCUCGCCUGUUUUCGCUGUCGAAACGUUGGGUGUUUAUUUCAUGGUAUUCGAUGCCCUCGUGUGUGCUUCCCAACUUUUGGGGGAGAGUAUGCAGAGUCAUCUGUGGUGGGAGAAAUUCACAGCAGCCUUCAACACGGACUUCAAGUUGCCUGAUCCAAAAUCAAUUGCGCAAGAGACACGACGAUUUUACGUCACCUUAGCAAGACGACUUGCCGCUGCCCUGGAUAUCUACAAACAGGGAAUGCGCCCUCCAGCUCUGGAAGUAUAUACGCUGAAGAAACUGUUGUUUUGCUUUCCACUCGGCAACCAUCGGUUGAAGCGUCCUACGUGGGACCCAUGGAAACGCGAUGGCCAGUGUUUGUAA